AUGGGUUACGACUCAACAAUACAGUUCACACUGGACACGAUCUGUCCAUGGACCUACCUAGCCAAACGCCGUCUCUCCAAAGCAAUCUCCCAACUCCCCAGCGACGCACCGGUAUCCUUCUCCGUAAAAUACAUGCCCUACCAACUAUAUCCCGGCGCAUCGCAAGAAGGCGAGGAUAAGUAUGAAUGGUAUCGCAAGUCGAAGUAUGAUAACUCCGAGGACCGGAUGAAUAAGUAUAUGGGUCUCAUGUCCGUUUAUGGCUUGGCGGAAGGCAUUGAGUAUAAGUUCGGCGGCACGGUAGCGAAUACGUUGCAAGCGCAUAGGAUUCUCCAACAUUUUCAAGAUCUCAAGGGGCCGGAGACGGCGGAUAAGAUCGUGAGUAGUCUGUAUAAGCAGUACUUCGAGGAGGAGAGGCAUCCUAGUUCGCCGGAGACGCUGCUGAGGGCUUGUAGUGAAGCUGGAAUUCCGGAGACAGAAGCCAAAGCUUUCGUGGAGGAUGAGGAUGAGGGUCUAAUGGAUGUCAAGAUGCUGAUUCGUGAGCAGGCGGGGAAUGGCAUUGAUGCUGUGCCUUAUAUUGUGAUUGAGGGCAAGAGGAGGGAUGUUACGCUUGAAGGGUGUAGGGAGGUGAAGGAGUAUGUUAAAGCUUUGCAGACUGUCAUCAAAGAAAGCAAGUAG